UUUGAUAGCUUUAAAUUGCGUGUUUCUCGACGUCCCAAUUAAAUCAUCUAACACCAAAGAUCACGAUGACACGCAUGAUGAUUUAGUACUGAAACAAUCCCCCCAAUUUCAAAUGGAUACUUCUAGCAUGGUGUAUUGGAUUUUAAAAUGGGGUACUUUCUUCGUCCUAAUUUCAGAUUGCCGUUCUAGUUCCUGCUACACCACCAGCACGGGGCGUUAUGUGUGCGCAACUACGUACGGCGGACAGGAGACCGGGGAGAUAGCAGGCAUCGUAAUAGGAGCAACAGUUGGUUUGGCCAUACUUAUUUCUAUUCUGGUGUGCUGCGUCACAAAGUGCAACAAGAAGAAAAAAACACGUGCUCGGGUAACCAGACGCCAAGUCAACGAAGCUAGCAGACAAGACCAAAUGCCGCCAGACAGUUUCCCUAUGUAUGGGGUGUUCCCUAGUGCCCCGCCCCCAAACAUCGCUCCUCCGUCUUACGAUUCUCACAACUUCAACGAUCCGCCUCCUUCUGUAACCGUCACUGGUUCCGGAUUCCAUCAAAAUGGCAUCGGUUUCCAAAGCAACGACCCGUUACCGCCUGCAUACUGAAGUUGUUUCCAUUGACGUCACAUAAAUUUGAAUAUCACACGCUACUAUUAGUGUGUGUCGCUGUUGUUUUCACCAGUAACUGUGAAUCAUACUCUGAACGUGUAGAUAUUUUAUAACGUUCUACAUUUGUUAUAUGAUUUUUGUUUUGUUAUAAUCUCAAUUCUUUUUUUGUGUUCGUUGUCCAUCGUUGUUGUACAUGCUCUAUAAAAAUUACAAUAUCA